AUGGACCUCUCGGUCAAGAACCUCCGCGGCCUCCUGACGGAUCCCACGCACACGAGAUGGAUAGCCCCGUUGCUGCUCGUCGGCGAGGCGGCCCUCUGUGGCCUCGUCAUCUGGCGAGUUCCGUACACUGAGAUCGAUUUCACCACCUACAUGGCCCAGGUGCGCAUGUUCCUCUCGGGCGAGCGAAACUAUGCAAGGAUCACGGGUCCCACGGGUCCUCUCGUCUAUCCGGCCCUCCAUCUCUACAUCUACUCGAUCCUCUACACCCUCACCGAGCAGGGCACCGAUGUCCUCCGCGCCCAGAUCAUCUUUGCCGGGCUAUACCUCGUGACGCUGGCCGUGGUGUUUGCGUGCUACCGGCGGGUGGGUGCGCCGCCGUGGCUGCUCAUCCCGUUGGUGCUGAGCAAGAGAAUGCAUUCUAUAUUCUUAUUGAGGCUGUUCAAUGACUGCUGGGCGACGCUGGGACUCUGGCUGGCAAUCUAUUCCAUGCAACGUCGCCAGUUUGGAAGAGCUGCGAUCAUAUGGGGAUUGGGACUGGGCGUGAAAAUGACUCUAUUGCUCGCUGCACCGGCGGUGGGUAUCAUCACUCUGCAGGCCCUCGGCACAGGCGACGGGCUGUUUACAGGGGUCUAUGUCUCGGUCCUCCAUAUCAUCAUGGCCAUGCCCUUCUUCGGCGAAGGGACAGGUUUCUCAUACGUCCAACGCUCCUUCGACUUUGGCAGACAGUUCCUGUACAAGUGGACGGUCAACUGGAGAUUUGUUGACGAAGAGACGUUUCUAUCUCGCCAAUUUGCCGUCAGCCUGCUCGUCGUGCACGCGGCCUUGCUGGUCGUGUUCUUCCAGACCAAAUGGAUUCAGCCGAGUGCGUCCAGCUUGGCCGAGUUUGCGAAGAAGUACAUGGGGGGCAUGAGGGAGGCGGAAGAGCUGAGGAUCUCGAGGAGGAUCACCCCGAGCUUUGUCAUGGACGCAGUCCUGGGAAGCAUGGCGAUCGGGAUGCUGUGCGCCAGGAGUCUGCAUUAUCAAUUCUUUGCAUACCUCGGUUGGGCAACGCCCUAUCUGCUGUGGAGGGCUGGUGGAGGUCCGCUUUGGGUGCUGCUGAAUUGGGCAGUGCAGGAAUAUUGCUGGCUGGUGUAUCCGAGCACGAACGUGAGCUCGAUGGUGGUGGUGGCCGAAUUGGCGCUGCAGACUUGA